CAUGUAGCUUCGUGGGCGUGUUUAGAGCUUCUUGAUUUUCCCUAGCAAGCAUACAACGGGCGCUAUCGCGCCCGAGUGGACGUCAAGGUUGUUUUGACAAGACGGCCAGCAGCACAUUUUCGAAAAAAUGAACGCUGCAAACAUGAAGAUCAUCACCGUCGUCGGCAGUGGGCUGAUAGGUCGUUCGUGGGCGAUGGUGUUCACCAGCGGAGGCUACAAUGUGAAACUUUACGACAACCAACCGGGACUUGCACUCAACGCUCUGAAUGUGAUAAAGAAAGAGAUGCUGGAGCUACAGGAAGCGGGAAUGCUGAGAGGGCAGCUGAGCGCCACGCAGCAGUUGGCCUUGCUCAGCAGUCACGAGGACUUGCAGCAGGCUCUGCAGGGGGCCUUUUUUGUGCAGGAGUGCGUCUUUGAGAAUCUGGAGGUGAAGCAGAAGCUCUUUGGUGAUGUGGAGCGUCUGGUGGGCCAAGACGUGAUCCUGAGCAGCUCCACUUCCUGCUUGGUGCCCAGCGCAGUCUUUUCAUCGGUUCAAAACCGGAGCCGCUGCCUCGUCUCCCAUCCGGUCAACCCGCCCUACUACGUCAAACUUGUGGAGCUCGUACCUCACCCAGACACGGCGGCGGCCGUUAUGGACAACGCCCACAUGCUGAUGACCGAGGUGGGUCAGGUGCCCGUCCGCCUGAGGAAAGAGAUCGACGGCUUUGCGCUCAACAGAGUGCAGGCCGCCAUCAUUGCAGAAUCUUGGAGGCUGAUACAGGACGGCGUCAUCUCCGUCCAGGACAUCGACCUGGUGAUGUCAGAGGGACUGGGAAUGCGCUACGCCUUCAUCGGUCCCAUGGAAACCAUCCACCUCAAUGCACCUGAAGGUCUUGGAGACUACAUGAAGCGUUACGGCGAAGGCAUCCAAAGACUUCUGAGGUCCUUCGGGCCCGUCCCAGACUUCUUUGCUGAGGAUGCCGAGACCGUCGUUAGCGAGAUGUGCAAGCUGAUCCCCAACGAUGAGCGACACCUGUCGGCCCGGCGGGAGCGGCGAGACCGGUUCCUUAUGGACCUGGCCCGCCUCAAAGACCACUGAAGACAUCGGGACCACGUCAACAUACCACUCGGAUCAAUUUUACUGAUAGCAAUCGCGUUUUUUUUAACGGACGACUGAACACGACUAUGACUUCAAACAACAGUCGGGAACGGCUGUUUGAUUCGUGACAUGAAUAAACUUUGAUCAUUU